AUGGCGUUGCAAAUGCUGGAGAGGAAGCUUCCGGUGGAUAGCUACACGGAUUUCCGACACCCGCAGCAGACGGAGCAACAAUCGUGCUUGAUGGCGUGCUGCUCACCUGCGGCCCUUUCGACUUUGCCAUCUGAUUUCGGGCAGCAGGGGCAGCAACAGCAUCACCAACCUGAUACAUGCUCGUUUCCUCCGACAGCUUGCGCCCUCCCUCAAGAAGAACAGCAACGGCAUCAUCAACAACAGCAACAACAACAACCGCAGAACCUGCAAGACCAGCACGGGAGACGGAUUCUGUCGUCGCCGCCAGUCUGCUGCAGCGACGCCGCCGCCGCCGGCGCCUAUAUGAGCCCGUACCUGUCGUCGUAUCAGCAGCCGAGAAGCCAAAACAUCUGGCCGUCGCCUCCCCUUGGACCGGGAGACAUCCAGAGCUGUACUAUUUCAUUCCAAGACUCGCCCGUCUGCGGGAGCGCCCGUCUGCCCUAUUACACCACGUCGCCCGCGUCUCCCAGUGGAUGGUCGUCCGCAUCUGUAUCUGGAUACCCUCCGAAUACGACGACGACGACGGCGUUGUUCGAUCCACGAAACUCUGGCGAUCAGACGCUCUUCCGCCUCCGCACCCCCAUGUCGGCGCAGGAACUGCCGGCCCAGCACCACCAACCAGACAUGUCUUCUUCGACCUCCUAUACGCCGGGUUUUGGCGCGGGAUCCGACGCCGACGUCUCAGCUGGCCUGAGCAUGUCGGUGACGCCUUCUGAUGCCAUGGUCAGAUACUCUACUGCCCCGCCCGCUCGUCUGCCGGAUUUUGGAUCUGAAGCGCUCAGGCGUAGAAUGCCGCGGUCGCCUGUGAUGUCUCGGGUGACUCCCAGAAUGAGGAUGAGGCCUGAGAAGCGCCGAGGGCGCGCAAAGUUCCUGGAGUCGAUCGGGGACGAGGUCAAGCCAGUCCUAGCCCCCGUUUCCGUCCCCGUCGAUGUCAUCACCGUCCCAGACUACCCCGUCCCGACGAGCAGCGCCGUGGGCCACGACGAGAAGACCGACGAGCCGUACGCGAAGCUCAUCUACAGAGCGCUGAUGAGCGCGCCGGACUACACCAUGAGCCUGCAGGAGAUUUACCAGUGGUUCCGGGAGAACACCACCAAGGCCAAGAACGAAAAGGGCGGGUGGCAGAACAGCAUCCGGCACAAUUUGAGCAUGAACGGGGCCUUCGAAAGAUGCGAUCGCAAGCUUGCCAAUGGCCAGGAGCCCUCAACGUGUGCAGAAAAGGCAGGCGAAUCCAAGCGGACCAACUUAUGGCGUCUGGCCGAGUCCGCCAUUGGGAAGGGCGUGCAGAGCACGACCAGAUACCGCAAGGGCAACUCUGGGCGGCGCGCGAGCAGACGCAGCGCCAGCACCAGCCAGCCAGCCGGGGACGUUGUCCGGGGCAGCCAACGCAGCUCGAUCAAGGCGCUGUCGGGCCAGAAGGGCGGCCACGCGGCCAGAAACGCGCGGGUCCGCAGCCAUCUGUACGGCCAGGGGCUGUCGCUGGCCGACGGGCGCCAGUACCGGCUGAUCGAGAGCGGCCUGGGCUCGCCGCCGCCCUCGAGCAUGCCCGACGGCUACUACUCCAUGCCCAUCGCCAUCCCACGGAUCGACCCGGCGGCGAUCCAGGCCCCGAUGGCGGCGCACGGGCACGACUUUGGAUCCGCAGACGCAGCCUCGGACCUCUUUGGCCUGCAGAUGGGACCGCGCAGCAGCAGCCACGGCGGCGGCGGCGAUAUCUCUGUUUCGUACAUGGGCCACCACCACCACCAACAGGAAGAGCCGCUGUACACGCCGCCGUUCCCGUACGGCAUUGCAGACGUCCAGGUCCAGCUGGACUACCCUGGCGAGGACCCCAGUGGCGACAUCGGUGCCCAGCUGCGGCGGUACGAGGCCCUGACGGGCACGCCCAGGGUCGGCUGGGCCAGUCCUAACGGCAUAUGA